GCGGGUGUACCUGAAUCUGGAUCUAAACACAAAUUUAGUGACAGGCAUCCGGAAGUCGAUUAUCGUUUGGCAGGUUUCUUAUUUACAGCCGCAUCUCUAAUCGCAGCUCUUCCCCACCCGGAAUAUGGCGACCAUUCGCCCACGCAGCGCGAAAGAGCCUUUCGAGAUACACCACGAUGAGCUGGAGGAGGAGUCCACGUACGAUGAGCAUGGCAGCUUUGAUAGUGAUGUAGGAGACUCCGUGGCGACGAAGCCAUGGGAGACAGAGCAGAAGGAUUGGGAUCAAGACUCCUCGUCUGACCUCGAUGAGCCUAUCGACAGUUCAGUGCUACAGGAUAUGGAUAAAUUUGAGGCAAGUUUCAAGGACAUAAAGGACCGCUUCCGGCUGAUAAAUAGGAUUGGAGAAGGUACAUUCUCGACUGUGUACAAGGCGGAAGAUCUUUUAUAUGAGGCAUAUGAAAACGACUGGGAUAUUGAAGAGAAGGAAAAUGCUAAAUGGAUGACACCACCCUUGAAGAAGCGUCGGACAGAAGGGCAAGAACAGGAUGAUUAUGGACGACGGAGACGGCGGCCAAGAUACGUUGCUAUCAAAAAGAUCUAUGUCACCAGCAGCCCUGCCCGAAUUCUCAACGAGUUGGAGCUUCUCAACGCCCUGAAAGGCUGUGAUUCCGUAUGUCCUCUCAUCACGGCAUUUCGAAAUACAGAUCAAGUCGUUGCUGUUCUCCCAUACUUCCGGCACACCGAUUUUCGAAACUACUUCCGGGAUAUGACGGUUCCGGACAUGCAAAUCUACUUUCGGUCACUCUUUACAGCCCUCGCUGCAGUCCAUGCCAAAGGGAUUCUACACCGUGAUAUCAAACCGACCAACUUCCUCUACGAACCGGAAAAGCAACGCGGAGUGCUUGUGGACUUUGGUCUCGCCGAGAAGGAGUUUACGGACAGUAAGCCAUGUCUUUGUACGGAGUCAUCUGCAGAACGACGCCGCCGCGUGCAAUCGAGUAUAGCAGCUGCAAUGGGCCCCUCAAGCGGAUAUCCACGCAACGACUCCCGACCCUCCCGACGUGCCAACCGCGCUGGGACUCGAGGUUUCCGUGCCCCGGAAGUGCUCUUCAAGUGCACGGAGCAGACGACCAAGAUCGACAUCUGGUCCGCUGGGGUGAUCCUGCUGACCAUCCUAUCCAGGCGCUUUCCGUUUUUCAACUCGGCCGAUGACGUCGAGGCCAUGAUUGAGAUUGCUACGAUCUUCGGGGUUAGGCGGAUGAAGGCCUGCGCGUACCUGCACGGAGCCUGCUUCGAGACCAGCAUCCCGACGAUUGGGCAAGCGGGAUUCUCCCUCGAGAAGAUCAUCCUGUGGUCGACGUGCAGGAACGAUGGGGGGAAAGCGGGAGGGCCGGAGAUCCCUCUGACGGAGGAAGAGAAGCUGGCGGUUAGUUUCCUGGAACGCUGCUUUGAUUUGGAUCCAAGAAGGCGUAUCAGUGCAGAGGAGGCGUUGCAGCAUCCGUUCCUAAAGGUGAAGGGGGAAGAGGAGGUGGGCUUGGAUGAUGAGAUGCAUAUGCUGUAAAAUACCAUAAGAUACCAUGGGACGCUUGCUAUCAAGGAGUCUAAAAAGCAUUGGCGGCGCAUAGAAAAGCUCGGAGGCGUUCGUUGUAUAUACUUAGCGGCGUUGUCACUUUUUGGCGGUCCUGGCUUGUAAGCUCCAGGUAGAUACCAUAGCAGCACAAAUCAAUCACAACCAUAAAUCGUAACCUCACAGGUGGAGCCACACAGAACACAGCAAGAGCAUGGAUUUCGAAGCCUUUUUCAUUCGUUCUUUUCAUUUGUAGAGAAC